UAGAUGUCUAACUAAAAUGACACACAUUCAAAUAUAGAAGAACAUAUUCUUUAAUUAUAUGAGAUUCAUGAUUUUAAAGGGAAAGGAGCAUAUGGGAUAGUGUGGAAAGCUACCGAUAAAUAAACAAAACAACAAGUAGCACUAAAAAAGGUUUGUAAUAAUGAUAUUUUGAUAAUAGGUGUUUGAUGCAUUUUAAAACUCUACAGAUGCUUAGAGAACAUUUAGGGAAGUGUGUUUUUUAUAAUAAUUAACGGAUCAUGAAAAUAUUGUUAAAUUAUUAAAAGUAAUACCAGCGGAGAACUAAAAGGAUUUAUAUAUGGUUUUUGAAUAUAUGGAGACUGAUUUACAUAAAGUGAUUAGAGCAGGAUUAUUAAAACCUUUACAUAUGCAAUAUAUAAUUUAUUAGUUGUUAAAAUGCUUGAAAUUUAUUCAUUCAGGAGAGUUGAUUCAUAGAGAUUUAAAACCUUCAAAUUUAUUGAUAGAUUCUGAUUGUAAAGUGAAAGUGGCAGAUUUUGGAUUAGCAAGAAGUGUAGCUUAAUCAGAAAAUUAUAAUGGUAAUUAUUAUUAUAAAUAUAAUAUAAGAAUUACCAAUAAUGACAGAAUAUGUAGCAACUAGAUGGUAUAGAGCACCUGAAAUUUUAUUAGGUUCUCAUUCUUAUGCAAAAUCAGUUGAUAUGUGGAGUGUUGGAUGUAUUCUAGGAGAAAUGAUUAUAGGAAAAGCAAUAUUUUCAGGAGCAUCUACAUUAAAUUAAAUUGAAAAGAUAAUUGAAUUAAUUGGAAGGCCAAAAUAAGAAGAUUUAGAGUAAAUGAAUGCAUAAUUAGCAUUAUAAAUUUUAGAUAGUAUAUAAAUCUAGAAAAGAAAGAGUUUUGCUGGAUUCUUUCCAAAUGCAACUCCUGAUUUUAUAGAUUUUAUUAGAAAAUGUCUUGAUUGGAAUCCAUUAAAAAGAAUGACAAUUGAAGAAGCUUUAAAACAUUCAAUAAUGAUUCAAUUCGUAAAUACUGAAGAAGAAAAAACUUUAAAAUCAAAUAUUAAAAUUCCUUUUAAUGAAAAUAAAAAAUUAACUAUCAAAGAUUAUAGAGAUAAAAUUACUCUGAAUACUGAGUAAAUUCUAUAAGAAAUUUAGUAAAAUAUUUUGGAAAAAAAUCAAAAUAAAUAACAUAUAUCAACUCCUUAAAGCUUUUCAACCUAUAUAUCACACUAUGAUAAUAAAAAUAAACAAAAUUUAUCUGCUCAUCAAUUCUCUCAACCUGUGGAAAAGCCUAAGAAAAUUGAUUCAUCUUAUAAAUAAGAUGGAACUAGUGAUAAUAAAAAUAAUGUAUAAUAUAUUCAAAAGAAAUCAGAUCAUUCUCCAUAACCAAAAUAAACUAUGCCAUCAAAUCCUUAAAAUUUUUCUAAUGGAUUAAUAAAACAAAAAUUCUCAUCAAAUUAAAAUCAAAAUUAAAUUAAUAAUUCGUGUCUAAAAAAAACUUAAGCCAAUAUUAUUAAUCGACCUUAUUUUGAAAUGAAUAAGAGUCCAGAUGUAAAAAAGAAAACAGAAAAUAGUAUAACUAAUGUUACAAAAUCUUAUUCUUUUCAUGGUGAACCUUAUGAUAAUAAAAUUAUUAAUUCAAGUUUUAUUAAUUAAAAUAAAAUAGAGAACAAAUCAAAUACAUUUAAUAAUUAGGCUAAACCAACUCAAGUAUAAUAAUCAUCUAAUUAUACAACUGCUUAAAGCUUUUCUUUAUAAAAAGAGUAACUUAAAUAAAAAGAAUAAAUUAUGAUUAAUUAAGCAUAAAGAAGUAAAUCUUUUGAAAAAUCACCUCUUGAUAACAAUAACAAUCCAAUCAGUCCUUAUCAAAGAUUAAAAACAGAAGUUUGCAAACCAAAAUUUAUUCCAUAAAGUAUUUUCAAUAUUUUUAUUAUUAAGACAAUCUGAAUAAUAACAUUAUUUAAGUAUAAAAGCUUUUAUAAAAGUGUUGUUAAGUAUAAAAUUAUUAAUCACACAAAAAGACAACUAGUUUUAUUGAACCAUCAAAAUUAUAGACUCAAUAAAUGAUAAAUUUUAACUAUUUUGAUGCAAGAAACACCAAAUUUAUGUGA